AUGAGACACCUUGAGAGAAUCAACUAUCACAAGGAACAUCUCAAUGACCAUUACUGGGUUUUAAAAACCAUCGGAAAAGGAGGCUUUUCCAGCGUGAAACUUGGUUGGCAUAAACUAACACAAACCCAGGUUGCCGUCAAAAUAGUUGCCAAAAAUGACCCACACUUAUCCUAUGAUUCUUCUGAAGCCAAUAUUAUGAAAAGGUUGUGCCAUCAGAACAUCAUACGGCUGUACCACAUCUUAGAAGACUCUAGAAACAUCUAUUUCAUCCUAGAGCAUGCAAUAAACGGCAACUUGAGAGAUUACAUCAAGGCUAAAAGUUACUUAAAGGAAGGGAAGGCCCAACAAUUUUUUUAUGAAAUAACUUGUGCUGUGCAAUACCUACAUGCACGGAACAUAAGCCACAGAGACCUCAAGCCUCGUAAUAUCUUAGUCGACGGCAGAGAAACCCUGAAAGUCUGUGACUUUGGGCUCAGCACUCAGUUUAAGCCAGGGCAGAAGUUCACUAAUUUUUGUGGCACAGUGCCCUUCACUGCCCCAGAGAUGUUCUACAAUGACGGCUAUGAUGGCACCGCUGUUGACAUGUGGAGCUUAGGAAUAAUCUUAUACAACAUGCUUGUGGGCAUAAUCCCCUUCCACAUCUUUAACAAUUCCCAGCAGUACAUAUGGCUUCUGCUUCCGAGCAACAUCACGGAAGAAGCCCAAGACCUGCUAAAUCAACUGCUGAUGCUGGAGUGGCAGAAGAGGGCUACCCUAGAUUAUGUCAUCCAGCAUCCUUGGCUGAACCACUCACACAAUGGCAAUGGCAGGGAUGUAAAGACCACUCUCCCCAAAUGCUCAUACUCAGAGAUCGUGGCCACAAUGACUACCAUGGGCUACAAAGCCCGGGAAAUCCAGGACUCUCUGAGAAAGAGGAAGUUUGAUGAUACCAUGGCCACGUACCUUAUUCUGUAUCAUCAGAUGCCUCGGGGCUUGGGCUCCAGCAGUGAUGGCAAACCAAGGUCUUCAGGCAAAGUGCCUUGCCUAGCCCCCUCAAAACCUCCCAUCACUGUGGCUAGGAGGAGGAAGGGCAGUGUCUCCAACCUUCAUUCUUUCACCCUCUCCCCUUUGAGAUUCCAGCAGGAGGAGGAGGACCAAAGUUCACAAAACCUGAGCGUGAAACAUGUCUCCUUGCCCGCUAUUCCCUUCUCCCACAUGGGCAGCCAGGCCGUUUCCAGACUACCCUGUGAAAAUACUCCAGAGCCUGGGUCCUCCAUUGAGGGCAAUGUCGGCCAAUCCCACUUUGGAGACCUGUCCAGCCUGUCCCUUGGGACUCCCUCCAACAGUGACAACCAGGAAAACUCCGAUGCUAGGAGUGGCAGAGAGAGUGCAUCCACCUGCCCUCCAGAGGUCAGGCCCAGACUCUGGAAAACAUUUCGAAAGAGAGUCAUGAGGGCCCUCAGGUCACUGUGUUCCUGUCUGUCUGCCCGGAGGAGGAAAUCCCGGAACAAAAUAGUUCCAGGGCAGAGAACAGACAGCGACGACACUAGGUAG